ACUUCUCCUCCAUUUCUCUGUUCCCUUCUCCAUUUAGCCUCUCCAAAUCCAAACAAAAGGAUCGCUUUCGCUCCCGAACAACUGUAAGCAGAAGAACAACGAAUUCGGAAGAAGAAGAGAUUGAAACCGAAAAGUUGAAAGAAAGAAGAUAAGGUUGGACUUGAUGCGUCGCCAGCGAUUCGGCGGAAAGCAUUCUGUAUGCAUCUGAAGAAAUCAGAGGCUCAGAUCGGCGAGGAAAGCUUUGGGUUCUCCUCCGAUUUCAGCCCUCCUCCUUUCCUCCAGAUUCACAUCUCAAACCCUAGCACAGACUAUGGCUUCUCCACUCAAUCCUCUCAGUUUGCCGCUGUCUACGGCCUUCCUCCAGCCUCUACCCCACACAAGCGCCCCGUCAUGAACCACCCAGUGGCCGCCGCCGCUGCUGACUGCCGCCCUAUUUCCGCCGUCCGUCUACCGACCUCAUCUCCUCGCCGCGUCUUGCUCCGCCUUCCCUUCUCCAACGGGACCCGUUCCGCCCUCUGUCACCUUUUUCGCCGUCUUCGCUUCCGCCUCCGCCUCGUUUUCCUCCUCUCCUUUCCCUCUCUCUACUUCCUCCUUGUCACGUUUUCCUCUUCAUCACUCUCUCCUCCCUCCUCUUCUUCUGGGCGCUCUUUCCUUUUAGACUUCUUCUCUGCCGUCGCCUUCUCCUCUGCGACCCUUUUCUUCCUUUCUUUAUCUCUCAAUGUCUUCUCGCUCUCCUCCCUCCGCCUUCUACUCUCCCGCUCUUCCUCCCUGCUCCCUCGUUACCACCGCAUUACCCCACGUCCCGUGCAAUGGUCCAUUGGCUCCGCAGUCGAAAAACCCAAAUCUGACAUGAGUGCUGCCUCUGGGUUCUCCGUCCAGGUCUACAAUAAUGGUGAUGUCUUUGAGGGGGAGUUUCACAAGGGCAAAUGCUCUGGUAGUGGGGUUUACUAUUACUACAUGAGUGGGCGGUAUGAAGGGGAUUGGGUGGAUAACAGGUAUGAUGGUUAUGGAAUUGAAACCUGGGCGAGGGGGAGCCGUUACAGGGGGCAAUAUAGGCUGGGUUUACGGCAUGGGUUUGGUGUGUAUCGGUUUUACAAUGGAGAUGUAUAUACUGGGGAAUGGUUGAAUGGACAGAGCCAUGGAUAUGGUUUGCAUGCUUGUGAAGAUGGGAGCAGAUAUGUAGGAGGUUUCAAGUGGGGGGUCAAGCAUGGCCUUGGGCACUAUCAUUUCAGGAACGGAGACUCCUAUGCUGGAGAAUAUUUUGCUGACAAGAUGCAUGGAUUUGGGGUGUAUCGCUUUGCAAAUGGACAUCGAUAUGAAGGUGCAUGGCAUGAAGGCCGAAGGCAGGGCUUGGGCAUGUAUUUAUUCAGGAAUGGUGAAGCUCAGGCAGGCUACUGGCAAAAUGGUACUCUUGACGCCCUGAUUACCCAAAACUCGCUGCCUGGUUCCCCUGUUGCAGUUAACCAUUCCAAAGUUCUUAAUGCUGUUCAGGAAGCUCGAAGAGCAGCAGAGAGAGCAUUUGAUCUCCCCAGAUUUGAUGAUAGGGCCCAGAAGACAGUUGCAGCUGCAAACAAAGCAGCUAAUGCAGCUAGAGUCGCAGCUGUAAAAGCUGUUCAGAAGCCAAGCCCCAGUAAUGGAGGUGAAGUUCCACUCCCACUUAUUUGAAUCUUCCUUAGUGUGGUUAUUUUUGUCGUUUCUUUUACAACUGAGCAAUAAAGCAUUCUGCCUGAAGCCAGUUUGCAGCGCAUCAGAUUUUCUAUUUCGUUUCAUUUGUACUGCCAAACUAAGUUUGACAGACUGAUGAUGACGAUUGAGGGGGUGCAUCGCCUGUUCUGUUGUUCUUUUUCCUAUUGUAUAAUCUGUAAAUAAAUAUAGUGCAUUCAAGAGAAUCAGGUUUCCUUUCCUUUAGGUUAUGUAGAACUCGAAGAAUUUUACACGUAAUAAAUUAGAUGCUACGGUUUAUGGCCGGUGCCUAGCUGUGUACUACUAUUGCGCAUUUAUUUUGACUGUACUGCAAACUGAAUGCGUUAAAAUUCCAAGCAAGAAAUUGGUUGGCUUCACCAUGAA